GUGAGUGCAGCGGCGCGUGGGGAGGCGCGUGGGAGCCGCAACCGAAGGGAGCAGGGACCGGGAGCGCGCGGCGCCGCCGCCCGGGCCCGACCGGCCCCGCGACCCGACCGCAGCGCCUGCCCUCGUCGCCCGCCCGCCGGGCGCAGCUGGAUGUGGCGGGGGUCCCGCCGCGGCGGCCCCCGGCCCCCAGCGCCUGGAGCGCCCAGGGGCGGCGUGCGGGGCCCGGGGGCGCCGCACCCUCCAUGCGCCGAGGCGCUCCCCGAGACAGCCGGGGGCCCACGCCGCAGCUGCAGCCGCCGUCCACACUGAGCCCCGGCCCGGCCCGCGGCCCGCGCCCGGAGGCAGCAUGAGCCAGGCCGAACUGUCCACCUGCUCGGCGCCGCAGACGCAGCGUAUCUUCCAGGAGGCCGUGCGCAAGGGCAACACGCAGGAGCUGCAGUCGCUGCUGCAGAACAUGACCAACUGCGAGUUCAACGUGAACUCGUUCGGUCCCGAGGGCCAGACGGCGCUGCACCAGUCGGUCAUCGACGGCAACCUGGAGCUGGUGAAGCUGCUGGUCAAGUUCGGCGCCGACAUCCGCCUGGCCAACCGCGACGGCUGGAGCGCGCUGCACAUCGCCGCGUUCGGCGGCCACCAGGACAUCGUGCUCUAUCUCAUCACCAAGGCCAAGUACUCGGGCAGCGGCCGGUGAUGCCGGCCUGGACCCCCGACCCGCACUCAGGCCCCGCGCAUAUGUCCUCCCUGCUGUACCUUCCCUCCAACUACCUCGGUGUGCGCCCUGCCCUCGGCGCCCGCGGCCACCACGAGUCCGGCGCGCACCUCGGUGCCCACGGGGCGCCGCAAAGCACCCGCCCGCGGCUUCGGUGCCGGCGCCCCCCGCAGCCGCCCGGGACCGGUCGGAGCGCUUCCCACGGCCCCGCCCGCCGCCGUGCGGGUGGGGGCGGGGCGCGGGCUUCAGCCCCUUUGAAAUUUGAGUCUCGCGACCAGCAAGUUCGGAAUCCCGAGACACCGGAUCCUCCGCUCGCAGCGUUUUCUCCUGAAGGUGGAAGGACCCGUGGCCGACGCGCGACGGAGGAGGCGCUCUGCUGUUCCCGGGGUUCCAAACUAUUUAUCACGUGUGUGCGUAUUUGUGGGUGAAGUUUGUGCGCCUGGUUUUUUUCGUUUGUUUGUUUGUUUGGAAGAUACUGUGCGUGGUCAAUGUGGUUAUGGGGGGAGAUGCAUUUUUUUUUUUUUCCUAGUCUUAAAGCUAAAAACUUGAGUCUGUCAUUUCUUGGUUGCACUGAAAAUACCGCCCAGCCCGACGGUUUCCCGUGCUUUCCCUCGCCCUCCGGCUUCUCUCCCGCACCUCUCUCCUCUCCCCUCGCCCUCCCUCCCUCUUACUCACACGCCCAAGUCCGCGUGAGUUUUGGAAGCCCCGGGCCUCCCGCCCCAUCUCCGGUGAGAGGCCACCAUCCCCCAAGCCUGCCGGUUUGCAGAGCUUCCGCGGGAGCCGGGUGCUCGGGUGUGGCGGUGACGGGCGGGGAGGAGGAAAUCGAACCUUUUCUAGUGAGUCCUAUUAUAGUUAACAGUCGGUUGCACACUUUUUUUAAAAAAAAGUAAACGAAUUUGCCACGAUUAAAUGUCAUAACAUUUAUGACAGGAUAUAAAAUAUUAACAUAUUUUAAGCCAAGUUUUAGGUGUAUUUUUUGAAUCUUGGUUAUAAACCCAAUUUUAAAGGGCGUUGUAUCCAGCGUUGUGAAGGCAACUGUACCCAUAUUUAUAUUUUUAUAAAAUACCUAUAAGACUGUGAAUCUCUUGUGCUAAUUGCCGAGUAAGUUGGGCCGCUUUGCCCCUCUUCAGCCUCCUGGAGCUUCAAGGACCCGAUUCGAAUCCAAAAAUCCUGCCACGGGGGAGGGGCCGCCGGGAGGGGCCGCGCGAGGACCUGGGACGGAGGCGGGGCUUCUGCGUCACGUUCUGUCCCGAAAGGCGCCCUUCCUGGUCUCCGAGGUUCCAAUUUUCUAUGCAACCCCACACCCCUUGUUGUUUUGAUCCUGAGAAAUAAAAGGGAGGCUGAAUUAUUCAAAUUUAAAUGAGGCUUCCCCAGGGUAGAAGUGCUGCUGACCCUUCGUGCAAAAAUGGGGAGCACUUGAGGACACAGGUGGGUGGAGGCCCUUUGUGCGUGGCUGGUCAGAUUUGGGCCGUCAUCUGUGGCUUUUUAUAAAACCUUGUGUGAGAAGAAUAUAUUGAUAAUGUCAGUGAAACAAGCAGACAUUGAAACUGAGGCACAGAUUACUCCAAAAGGAGUUUUUCUGUAUAUUUUUUCUAGAUGCAAAUACCUUUUUAAUUAUGUUAAUUAACGUUAAGACUUCCUAGGCUUACGUGGAAGCCGUGCAUGGGUCCUGGUGUGAUCACGUCUAACUGGAUGAAGGCUGCAGCACGUCCUGAGUGUACGAUAGAGACUUGUAGCCCAGCGUGAAAAAUUUAUAAAUAAAUUUUUCAUUGAUCUUUUUAUAUAUAACGAAA